ACCACAAUCCGCACCGCCCUUCUGGUCCGGCGUCUCCGCCGUAACAAUACCCACUUCUUCCAUAUCCAUCUUCCUCUCUCAGAGCUUGCUCUAUUGAUCGAAGAACCAUUCCAGGUUUAAACUUGAGUGAGCCUUCAGCAAUGGCUAAGGCAAAAGCCGCUACGGUCAAAGAUGCUGUUCACAAGCUGCAACUUUGUCUUUUGGAUGGCAUUCAAGAUGAGAGUAAACUCUUUGCUGCUGGAUCUUUGAUGUCUCGUAGUGAUUACCAAGAUGUUGUGACUGAAAGAACUAUUGAAAAUAUGUGUGGAUAUCCACUAUGCGGCAACUUUUUACCUUCUGAUAGGCCUCACAAGGGUCGUUAUCACAUUUCGAGGAAGGAGCAUAAAGUAUAUGAUCUACGUGAAGCCUACAUGUACUGCUCAGCAAAAUGUGUUGCGAAUAGUCAAGCAUUUUCUAGUGGCUUGCCAGAAGUGCGAACUUCCAAUCUCAACCAUUCUAAACUUAAUGAAGUCUUGCAGGCUUUUGAGCAACCUGGUUUGGACGCUCAGGUGGAUCUCGGAAGAAAGGAGAUUUAGGGUUGUCUGAAUUAAAGAUUCUGGAGAAAGUAGAAGUGAAGGGUGGAGAAGUUUCUCUUGAAGAGUGGAUUGGUCCAUCCAAUGCAAUUGAAGGCUAUGUUCCACAAUCAGACAAGACUCUCAAGCCACAAUUGAAGCCCCCCAAAAGAGGUACAACACAUCAGGAUGUGAGAACUGCUAUAACAUGUAGU